AGUCACCAGUGGCACUGCACAACAAAUAUUUGAUUCAUCUGAAAAUCCAGGCAGGGAUUUAGGGAGCCAGACCGUGAUUUCCUGCAUUGGAAUCUGGCCAAGAAACCAAGGCAAACACUCCCGCUCUUGAGAAAAGGGUCCAGGGACCUCUAGGGAUGGAGCAUGGGUUCUGAACUGCCUCAGAAGCUAGAGUAUCGCCAGUCCCAUUGCCUGCAGCACCUGGUUUCUCUUGGAGGUCUCCCAUCUAAGCGUUGACCUGGCCUGGUCAUGCUUAGCUCUGAGAGCUAACACCAGGCCUCAGUAGUGUGGCUUCGGGCUGUGAAGUCUCAGUACAUUGAAACCUGAUCACUGUGUGCUAUUGCUGGGGUAGUUUGAUAUUUCAGAUCAAUAGCUGGGUGUAUCCAGAGUGAGUUGUUAUUUGCUGCAGUUCUCACCUCCCACGGCACCAGCCAGCUAGAUGGAGCAAUUAACUCAGUGGUGUUUUCAGUGUAACAACGAUUAAUAACAACAAUGCAGGAUAAACAACUGACUGUUUGGGAUGAAAGCCAUGAAGCUGCAAGGUGUGGAAUACUGGAAAUGCAAUAGAAGAAGGUGGAUCACUCAGUGCUGGCAUCAGAAUUGAGCCACAGCCGGGAAGAGUGGAGCAAACCUGUACUUAAAACCUGCUUCUUGCAAGGAGCCUUCCCACACAGAUUUCCUCAGCAGCCUCCCACCCCGAAUAGCUGCCUCUCUCCCUGAGCCUGACUGGAAGCACUCUGAGGAAGGGAUCUUGUCUUUCUAGGUUUCAUGUGAAGAGCCACAUACUGGUUCAGAGGUAUAGAAAUAAUGUCCAGUUCCAACCAAUUCCCCCUGCAUACCUUGCUCCUCGGGGCUCGGGGGAAUAAGAACUAUUGCCCGGCCAAAAAGCUGCAGCUUUCAUACAUCAGCCAUUUCUGGGCCUGGAAUCUCAUCUCCUGCUCGUGCCUGGUGCAUUUGUGUCCUGUGCAGGCUGAUGGUGAGGACCUCCUGACAUACUUCACCCCCCAUUCUCUCACCCACCCUCCUGUUGGCCAGUUAAUUGAGUGGGGAGGUUUUCUCUACUUGUCUGCCCUCAAAUGCUCUGGGCCAGAGUCUGACCUGAGUCACACUUGUGUAAAUCCAGAGUAACUCUAUUUAAAUCAGUUACUGUCCCAGUAAUGGAAGCCAUGGUCUGACCCACUAACUGGUACAGCUUGGAGACAGUCCAUCAGCCUGAAAUCACACCCAAGGAAAAGGAGGGUAAAUUUGGUGACAAUAUAUUUAAUUUUUAAUUUACUCAUGAAUAACAACCCACCAGAUCCCCUCGCGGUAGUCAGAGGUGGGGCUGCAGAUACCAGUUGUGGCAGUUUGUAACUUGAGUGUGGAAGCCCCAUAUAGAGCCCAGUUUUUUGAACCCCUUUCUCCCUCAGCGUGAAGUCUAGCUGUCAGUAGUAGGGGCUGGGGGAGGUCACUUUCUUUUGGUCUGACCUCAGCCCUGGGGUAGAGCUAGCACUGCCUGUACCUGGCCUUUUGUCUUCUCAGAGUGCUCAACUCGCCAGUCGGCCACAUUACCCAGGGGGACUCUGCUGCUGGGUUCAGAGCAAGGGAGCAGCGUGAGCCCUAAUUCCACCUGCUGCUGUGGGAAACCGGUUCCUGUCCUUGCUACGGUCCUGGGGCUGUUGGCUCUCAACUUGGGGAAAGGGCUGCUCAGCCUUGCCUUUGCUCUGGUGAUUGUCGUCAUUCUGAAAGGAAAGAGAAGGAAAAAAGUAGGAGAAAGCCUUUAAGGAAGAAAUGAGAAGACGAUGGAAAGAGAGAGAUUUGCUUUUUUGACAGAGGACUUGGAACUUGCUUGCAUGAACUAGGAGCAGCUGCAUUUGCAGCUCGAACCUUUAGCACUGGAUCCAUGGCACAGCUUCUCCUCUCUCUGGUAAUGAACCAGGGAAGCACAUAUCAGAAGAAGAUGAGCCAAAGGAAAAACUUCUGUUGCGGGUAACACAACCGGUGUCUGGAGCAGAACCUGGAUUUGAUGAAAUACCUGUGUCUGGCGGAGAAGAUGAUGAUGAUGGGAGGGCUGAAGACUCCAACAUGAGGGCUUACAGAUCGAACGGGGCUGAUAACUUUAAUGGGGGAGAUUGGUCUGAUGUGAGGAAUGCUGACUUUCCUAGUGCUGAUGACUUUGCUGGGGGAGAUGGGUCUGAUGUAAGGAAUGCUGAGUUGGCUGGGGCUAAUGACAUUUCCAGCCAAGAUGAGUCUGACGUGAGCAAUAGUGACUUUGCCAGGGCUGAUGACUUUGCCGGGGGAGAUGACGACGCUGACCUGAGCGAGGAUGACUUUGCCGGGGGAGAUGACGACGCUGACCUGAGCGAGGAUGACUUUGCCGGGGCUGGAGAUGAUGACGCUGACCUGAGCGAGGAUGACUUUGCCGGAGGAGAUGAUGAUGCUGACCUGAGCGAGGAUGAUUUUGCCGGAGAAGACGACACUGACCUGAGCGAGGAUGACUUUGCCGGAGGAGACGAUGAUGCUGACCUGAGCGAGGAUGAUUUUGCCGGAGAAGACGACGCUGACCUGAGCGAGGAUGACUUUGCCGGGGCUGGAGAUGACGACACUGACCUGAGCGAGGAUGACUUUGCCGGAGAAGACGACACUGACCUGAGCGAGGAUGACUUUGCCGGGGCUGGAGAUGACGACGCUGACCUGAGCGAGGAUGACUUUGCCGGGGCUGGAGAUGACGACGCUGACCUGAGCGAGGAUGACUUUGCCGGGGCUGGAGAUGACGACGCUGACCUGAGCGAGGAUGACUUUGCCGGAGGAGACGAGGACGCUGACCUGAGCGAGGAUGACUUUGCCGGGGCUGGAGAUGACAACGCUGACCUGAGCGAGGAUGACUUUGCCGGAGGAGAUGAGGACGCUGACCUGAGCGAGGAUGACUUUGCCGGGGCUGGAGAUGAUGACGCUGACCUGAGUGAGGAUGACUUUGCCGGAGGAGACGAUGAUGCUGACCUGAGCGAGGAUGACUUUGCCGGAGGAGAUGAGGACGCUGACCUGAGCGAGGAUGACUUUGCCGGGGCUGGAGAUGACGACGCUGACCUGAGCGAGGAUGACUUUGCCGGGGCUGGAGAUGAUGACGCUGACCUGAGCGAGGAUGACUUUGCCGGAGGAGACGAUGACGCUGACCUGAGCGAGGAUGACUUUGCCGGGGCUGGAGAUGACGACGCUGACCUGAGCGAGGAUGACUUUGCCGGGGCUGGAGAUGACGACGCUGACCUGAGCGAGGAUGACUUUGCCGGAGGAGAUGAGGACGCUGACCUGAGCGAGGAUGACUUUGCCGGAGAAGACGACGCUGACCUGAGCGAGGAUGACUUUGCCGGGGCUGGAGAUGACGACGCUGACCUGAGCGAGGAUGACUUUGCCGGCGCUGGAGAUGACGACGCUGACCUGAGCGAGGAUGACUUUGCCGGGGCUGGAGAUGAUGACGCUGACCUGAGUGAGGAUGACUUUGCCGGAGGAGACGAGGACGCUGACCUGAGCGAGGAUGACUUUGCCGGGGCUGGAGAUGACGACGCUGACCUGAGCGAGGAUGACUUUGCCGGGGCUGGAGAUGACGACGCUGACCUGAGCGAGGAUGACUUUGCCGGGGCUGGAGACGACGACGCUGACCUGAGCGAGGAUGACUUUGCCGGAGGAGACGAGGACGCUGACCUGAGCGAGGAUGACUUUGCCGGAGGAGACGAGGACGCUGACCUGAGCGAGGAUGAUUUUGCCGGAGGAGACGAGGACGCUGACCUGAGCGAGGAUGACUUUGCCGGAGGAGACGAGGACGCUGACCUGAGCGAGGAUGACUUUGCCGGCGCUGGAGAUGAUGACGCUGACCUGAGCGAGGAUGACUUUGCCGGAGGAGACGAUGAUGCUGACCUGAGCGAGGAUGACUUUGCCGGGGCUGGAGAUGACGACGCUGACCUGAGCGAGGAUGACUUUGCCGGGGCUGGAGAUGACGACGCUGACCUGAGCGAGGAUGACUUUGCCGGAGGAGACGAGGACGCUGACCUGAGCGAGGAUGACUUUGCUGGAGCAGACGAUGACGCUGACCUGAGUGAGGAUGACUUUGCCGGAGGAGACGAGGACGCUGACCUGAGCGAGGAUGACUUUGCCGGGGCUGGAGAUGACGACGCUGACCUGAGUGAGGAUGACUUUGCCGGAGGAGACGAGGACGCUGACCUGAGCGAGGAUGACUUUGCCAGGGCUGGAGAUGACAACGCUGACCUGAAGGACGGUGACUUUACCGGGGGAGAUGAUGAUUCUUCCCUGCGGGAUGGAGGCUCUGAAGGGGCUGAAGACUGUGAUAAGUGA